AUGCCGAAAUACAUCGUCUCUCUUGAGUCCACCGCAGACUACGAGGCUACCAAGCAAACUAUCGUGAAGCAAGGUGGAACUAUCGUAGAUGAAUCUGCGCGAAUUCUUGGGAUGAUCACCGUCCAGAUGCCUGACGAAAGCGCCGCUUCGUCACUGAAAUCAUUCAGUAGCGAUAUCAUCUCAGUCGAACCUGACCAAAUAGUCACGACCCAGGCAGCCUAAUAGCAUUGACAUAUGCAAUAUGCUGGGAGAUGCACAGUGAUGGUUUAAUGUAGGAUAUGAAUGAGUGAAGACAGAUCUGUAC